AUGGCUGAUUAUGGCUUCUUACUGUGCAUAAGCGAGGAUGCUCGCAGGGUUGAGGCUCUCAAUGAGUACUUGAGCAGUCGCAGUUACCUGGCCGGCUAUGGGCCUUCGCAGGCAGACACAGAAGCCUUUUCGCUUCUCUGUGGGCCCCCACCCGAUCAGCAUGUCCAUGCCCUGCGCUGGUACAAACACAUAGCCACCCUGAAGCCCCAAAUGAAUGACCAGACCCCAGAAUGCAGCACAAAGGGAAAACGGGUGCAGCCACCUUGGUCUCCACCAAAAGGAACAGACAUUUCAAAGCUGUGUCUCUACAACAGCCUCACAAGAACCAAGGAGGUGUUUGUACCACAAAGAGGGAACAGGGUUUUGUGGUACUGCUGCGGCCCUACAGUGUAUGAUGCUUCUCACAUGGGUCAUGCCAGAUCCUACAUUUCUUUUGAUAUCCUUCGGAGGAUUCUGAAGAACUAUUUCAAAUAUGAUGUCUUCUACUGUAUGAACAUCACAGAUAUUGAUGACAAAAUCAUCAAAAGAGCCCGACAGAACUACCUGCUGGAGCAAUAUAGAGAGAAGAAGCCAAGUGCCUCUGAGAUACUGCAGGACGUGUUCACAGCCAUAGAGCCCUUUAAAGCGAAGCUUGCUGAGACUACAGACCCAGAUAAAAAGCAGAUGCUGGAGAGAUUGGAUGCAGCAGUGAAUGCUGCCCUGGGUCCCUUGCAGGUGGCAGUGCAGAGCAAAGCUGCAGAUGCAUCAAUUCAGAAUCAGGCAGAGGUUUUAUUGGAGGAAGCCAAGGAUCUUUUGUCAGAUUGGUUGGACUCCCAGUUUGGUAGCCAAGUGACCGAAAACUCAAUCUUCUCUUUGUUGCCGAAAUACUGGGAGGGAGAAUUUCAUAAAGACAUGGCAGCUCUGAAUGUCCUCCCUCCUGAUGUUCUCACACGGGUCAGUGAGUACGUGCCAGAGAUCGUGGCAUUUGUCAGAAGGAUUGUGGACAACAGUUAUGGAUACGAAUCAAAUGGAUCAGUAUAUUUUGACACGGCAAAGUUUGACGCCUGCCCUUCUCACUCUUAUGCCAAACUGGUACCAGAGGCCGUUGGUGAUCAGAAGGCUCUUCAAGAGGGAGAAGGAGACUUGAGUAUCUCAGCAGACAGACUCAGUGAAAAGAGAUCACAGAAUGACUUUGCAUUGUGGAAAGCCUCCAAGCCUGGAGAACCAUCCUGGGACUCCCCCUGGGGAAAGGGAAGACCUGGAUGGCAUAUUGAGUGUUCAGCCAUGGCUGGAUCCAUAUUGGGAGAGUCUAUGGAUAUCCACGGAGGAGGAUUCGACUUGCGUUUUCCUCAUCAUGACAAUGAGUUGGCGCAGUCUGAGGCCUACUUUGAGAAUGAUCACUGGGUGCGGUAUUUCUUGCACACAGGUCACCUGACCAUCGCUGGAUGCAAGAUGUCUAAAUCUCUAAAGAACUUUAUUACUAUUAAAGAUGCCCUGGCUAAACAUUCAGCUAGGCAGCUUCGUUUGGCCUUUCUCAUGCACUCAUGGAAAGACACGUUGGAUUACUCCAAUAACACUAUGGAGUCGGCCAUCCAGUAUGAGAAGUUCAUAAAUGAGUUCUUCCUAAAUGUAAAAGACAUUCUUAGGAGCCCUACUGACAUCACUGGCCAGUUUGAGAAAUGGGAAGCUGAGGAGAUUGAACUGAAUAAAAGUUUCAAUGAGAAGAAAGCAUCAGUACAUGAGGCGCUGUGUGACAACAUAGACACUCGUUCUGCUCUGGAGGAGAUGCGUGCCCUGGUCGGGCAGAGUAACACCUACAUGGCAGCCAGAGGGAGUGCAAAACUGCCACCCAAUCGCAUGCUGCUAGAGAGCAUCGCCCUAUACUUGACCGACAUGCUUAAGACAUUUGGAGCUAUUGAGGGAACUGAGCCCAUUGGUUUCCCUGUUGGUAAAAAUGGACAGAAUGCAGAUCUGGAGAACACAGUCAUGCCCUAUUUGUCAGUGCUGUCAGACUUCAGGGAAGAAGUCAGAAAAAUUGCAAGAGAGAAGAAAGUGACAGAAUUGCUGCAGCUCUGUGAUCUAUUACGUGAUGACACUUUACCCGAGUUGGGUGUCCGACUGGAGGAUCGUGAUGGACUUCCCACAGGGGUAAAGCUGGUGGACAAAGAGACGCUGCUGAAGGAAAGAGAGGAGAAGAAAAAGUUGGAAGAGGAAAAGAAAAAGAAAAAAGAGGAGGCUGCCAGGAAAAAACAAGAACAAGAGAUGGCAAAGCUGGCAAAAAUGAAGGUUAAACCCAGUGAGAUGUUCCGAUCUGAGACUGACAAGUACUCCAGCUUUGAUGAAAUGGGCUUCCCAACACAUGAUGCUGAGGGGAAGGAGCUCAGUAAGGGACUGACCAAAAAGCUUCGCAAGCUUUAUGAGGCCCAAGAGAAGCUGUACAAUGAAUAACUCCAAUCAACCCAGAACGGAAGCUGAGAAUAUGACGCAUUGAGUCUGGUGUGACUUGUGAUCCGCCCAUAAUGUCUGUUGUAAACUUGUCUUCUUGUGUUUGUAAAAAGGCAGCAAGAUUUAAAGAUUUAAUUGAUGAGUUUUGGCUCAAACUUUGGCAAAGUUUUGCUACAAGUCCUUCUGAUCGUGAUUAGAAGGUUAUCAUUUUCCUGAUGUUUUGCAAACAAGACUAUAGCGAAAGGUAUUUUAUGACUUGAUAAUAAGGGUAUAGACUUUAUAGUAUGUGCUUUUAACACACAUAGAACAAAGAUGUGAGGAUAUAUUAAUCUUUCUACUGUGGAUUAUGAUGGUUAAUUAGAGUUAUGUAAGAAGGAUUGCUCAGACAUUUAAAAGGAUAGUUCACCCAAAAUGUUUUAUUCUCUCAUCAUUUGCUCAUCCUCAUGCCAUCCCAGAUGUGUAUGACUUUCUUCUGUUGAUCACAAACAAAUAUAUUUAGAAGAAUGUUACAGCUCUGUAGGUCCAUUCAAUUCAAAUCAACAGGGUCCAAAUCUUUGAAGCUCAAAAAGCAUAAGCAUGUGAUUCUCACCUUCACCUAUCAUAUCGCUUCAGAAGACAUGGAUUUAACCACUGGAGUCGGAUGGAUUACUUUUAUGCUGCAUUUAUAUGCUUUUUUGAGCUUCAAAGUUCUGGCCACCAUUCACUUGCAUUGAAUGGACCAACAGAGCUGAAAUAUUUGUGUUCGGCAGAAGAAAUAAAGUCAUACACAUCUGGGAUGGCACGAGGGUGAGUAAACUAUGAGAAAAUUUUCAUUUUUGGGUGAACUAUCCCUCUAAUGUUUUCAAUAUUGAUUCAAUAAUGGCUUUUAUAAAACCUGGCUGUUCAAGUAGGCACUUUUCUGAAGCAAUGUUUACACAUCAGCCAAUGAUAUAUAUGAUUCCCCCAGAAUCAAAGUUUCUCAAAUGAAACAGGAAUGAAGGAACCAAAGGUUUGCAGGUUAACCGCAAAAGGAAAUGCAGAGGCACACAUAGGAGAACCAGUCAUUGUUAGUAUUAACAUACUCUUUAUAAGAACAUGAAGAACCAAAAUAAAAAAGGAUUUUGAAUAAUGUA